AGGCGGAUGGAUGGGGCUUCUUCAGGCGGUGGCGGCAGCAGUGAAGGUGGCGGCGGCAGCAGCGGCAGCGGCUAUGGUGUGGUGGCUCGAUUCUCCCAGUGCCUGGCUGAGUUUCGGACGUGGUUAAGAACCAACUGGUUGAGGUUCAAUGCAGACAAGACGGAUGUGAUGCUGAAAAUGUGCAUCAGAUGUUUAUGUUUAAUUGGUUUACAGACUGUCUGUGGACUCUUUUCCUGUCAAAUUACCAGCCAUCUGUUGAGUCUUCAAGUCCAGAAAUGGAUGAAAUAUUUGACUGCCCAUGAAAGUACAGGAGGUUCAGCAACGUCAGAUGACCAUGAAUUUGAUCCAUCAGCUGACAUGCUGGUUCAUGAUUUUGAUGAUGAACGAACAUUAGAAGAGGAAGAAAUGAUGGAAGGAGAAACAAACUUCAGUUCUGAAAUAGAGGAUCUUGCAAGGGAAGGAGACAUGCCAAUUCAUGAACUUCUCAGUCUUUAUGGUUAUGAUAGUACUAUUCGACUCCCUGAAGAAGAUGAGGAGGAGGAGGAAGAGGAAGAAGAAGGUGAAGACGAUGAAGAUGCUGAUAAUGAUGAUAACAGUGGCUGUAGUGGGGAAAAUAAAGAAGAGAAUAUAAAGGACUCAUCAGGUCAAGAGGAUGAAACUCAGUCUUCCAAUGAUGAUCCGUCACAAUCUGUUGCUUCUCAAGAUGCCCAAGAAAUAAUCCGGCCACGUCGAUGUAAAUAUUUUGAUACAAAUAGCGAAAUAGAAGAAGAAUCUGAAGAAGAUGAAGAUUAUAUUCCAUCAGAAGACUGGAAAAAGGAGAUUAUGGUGGGCUCCAUGUUUCAAGCAGAGAUUCCAGUUGGCAUUUGUAGAUACAAAGAAAAUGAAAAAGUAUAUGAAAAUGAUGAUCAGCUCCUGUGGGACCCUGAGUACUUACCAGAAGAUAAAGUGAUUGUAUUUCUUAAGGAUGCAUCUAGAAGAACAGGUGAUGAGAAAGGUGUAGAAGCAAUUCCUGAAGGAUCUCACAUAAAAGACAAUGAACAGGCAUUAUAUGAAUUGGUUAAAUGCAAUUUUGACACAGAAGAAGCACUGAGAAGAUUAAGAUUUAAUGUAAAAGCGGCUAGAGAGGAAUUAUCUGUUUGGACAGAAGAAGAGUGUAGAAAUUUUGAACAAGGGCUAAAGGCCUAUGGAAAAGAUUUUCAUUUGAUUCAGGCUAAUAAAGUUCGAACAAGGUCAGUUGGUGAAUGUGUAGCAUUCUAUUAUAUGUGGAAAAAAUCUGAACGUUAUGAUUUCUUUGCUCAGCAAACGCGAUUUGGAAAAAAGAAAUAUAAUCUUCAUCCUGGUGUAACGGAUUACAUGGACCGUCUUCUAGAUGAAAGUGAAAGUGCUGCUUCUAGUCGAGCACCAUCCCCUCCCCCAACUGCCUCAAACAGUAGUAACAGCCAGUCUGAGAAAGAAGACGGCACUAUAAGCAAUAGUAAUCAGAAUGGGGUGUCAUCUAAUGGACCAGGUGAAAUGUUGAACAAAGAAGAAAUAAAAGCUGAAGGGUUACAUGUGAAUGGACCAACAGGUGGAAAUAAGAAACCACUUCAUGCAGACGUGGAUACUAAUGGUUAUGAAACAGAUAACCUUACCACUGACCCAAAACUUGCCCAUAUGACUGCAAGAAAUGAAAAUGAUUUUGAUGAAAAAAGUGAGAGACCUGCCAAAAGGCGAAGGGUAAACAGCAGUGGAAAAGAAAGUCCAGGUUCUUCUGAAUUUUUCCAGGAAGCAGUGUCACAUGGAAAAUUUGAAGAACUUGAAAACACGGAUGACUAA